AUGCCAGAGAUUUACGACACAGUCAAAUCAUUUAAACAACUAUCUAGUGAUUUUCUCAAAAUCCUUGAUCAGGAAGAAACCUUUGAUGUUAUAAUUCACGUGGGCGAUGAAGCUACUAGCGAAUCAUUUAAAGCCCAUUCGAUUAUUCUAAGAACACGUUCGGAAUAUUUUCGUGCUGCCUUGUCAGCUGCAUGGGGUAAGAAAAAAGUUGAUGGAUAUUUUGUUAUUGAUCUACGAGGCAUGGGUAUACCGCACACGAUAUUUGAGCAUGUACUUUUUAAUUUAAUCUUUUGUUGGAGAAUGCGAUUUUACAGUUUUCCUUCUUCGAGUAUUAACAUAAUCUACUUAUCUUUUCAAAGUUAUAUAUAUGGGGCUUAUUUGAAAGUGGAAAAACUCGGAGUAAGUGAAAAAUUACAACUUUUGGUGGCAGCAGACAUAUUAAUGAUGGAUUCUUUUGUGGAUUACCUGGAGUCAGAAUUGAUUAGGGAUGAAAAAUCUUGGAUUAAUGAGAAAAACAGUGAGGUGUUAUUCAUAGCUUUACAAAUAUCUCGUUGCAAAGAAUUGGUAUCUUUAUGUAAUGACGUUGUACUACGGCAUCCGAAAGUUUUUGUCAGCUCCAAAGAAUUUUUAUUCAUGCCACACGAUUAUAUUAUCGGCUUAUUGGAGCGAGAUAUAUUGGGAUUGGAUGAAGUCGAUGUUUUUGCCGCUGUGAUCAUGUGGGGCAUAAACAAUACACCGGGAAUCUCAUUGACUGAUGAUUUUUCGACGUGGACGACCGAUAACAUCACAACAUUGCAGUCAAAUGUAAUUCAACUAAUUUCGUUGAUAAGAUUUUUCCAUAUGCCACCAGAAGAUUUCAAAAAAAAGGUCGGACCAUUGACAAGAGUAUUUGCACCAGAGCUAUAUGAUCAAGUUAUUGAAUACCAUUCCAAAGCCCAGUUCCAAUUCAUCUAUGAUAUACUACCCCUGCGAUUCAACUCAACAAUAAUCAAGGAAAAGGAGGAGCCAGCGUUGAUUUCUUAUUGGAUAAGUCACCCAGAGACUGAAUGUGAUCUUCCAGAACAUCCACCAUUUACAUCUUUUGACAAAAUACCUUAUGAUUUUCAUUUGAUUUUUCGUUGUCAUGGCAGCGAAUUGGCGGAAGCUAAAUGGAGGGAUUUGUGCUAUAACCAAGGCCCAACGAUGACAAUAAUUAGAACGAAAAAUCAAAACGAAGAUGAAGCGGUGUUUGGAGGGUACAAAUCAAUAAGUUGGUCGACUGAAAACCGAAACACUCACAUCGGUGGUGACGGAUUUAUAUUUGGGUACUUAUGGCAACAACGAAAGCUACUUCUGCCUUGGAUGCUCCGAGUGAACAAUCAUCUUGAUGCUGAUAUGUUUCUAGGAGAUGGUGUUGAAGCAUUUAUUGACUUUCGUCAUGGCGAAAAAUUGUUAGCUCACGCCAAUGGAUUUGAAGAUCUGGAGGAAACCAUAGAAGAAUUGGAAGUUUUUCGGGUAGUAAAAAAGGCAACAGAUGAUGGGUGA